CCCGCCCUAUCGAGCCGCCCCGCUCCCAGACCCCGCCCCGGCCGCGGGCCCGUCCCGGCCACGGGCCCGUCCCGGCCACAGUCCUGCCGAAGCAUGGAGGCGCAUCUCAGCUUCCGCGGACGGCGGGCCCUGGUGACUGGGGCCGGCAAAGGGAUCGGUCGCGCCGUGGCCGUGGGGCUGAGCGGGGCCGGGGCCCGCGUGACCGCGCUGAGCCGAACGGCGGCGGACUUGGAGAGCCUCAGGCGGGAGUGCCCAGGCAUCGAGACCCUCUGCGUGGACCUGGCGGACUGGGAGGCUGUGGAGGCGGCGGUGGGCGCGGCGGGGCCGUUCGAGCUGCUGGUUAACAACGCGGCGGUGGCGGAGCUGCAGCCGUUCCUGGAGGUGACGCGCUCGGCCCUGCAGCGGUCUCUUGAUGUGAAUUUUGGGGCUGUGCUUCAUGUUUCCCAGAUAGUUGCACGGCAGAUGAUUGCACAUGGCGUGCCAGGGGCUAUUGUGAAUGUCUCCAGCCAGGCAUCAAAGCGUGCACUGAGGGAUCAUGCUGUUUAUUGUUCCACAAAAAGUGCUUUGGAUAUGCUGAGCAAAGUAAUGGCAAUGGAAUUGGGACCCCACAAGAUUAGGGUGAACACUGUGAACCCCACCGUGGUUAUGACUGACAUGGGGAGAAUUAACUGGAGUGACCCUCAGAAAUCUGCUGCCAUGAUUGAUCGGAUCCCCCUGGGAAAGUUUGCAGAGGUGGAUGAUGUGGUGAACAGCAUUCUCUUCCUGCUGAGUGACAAGAGUGCUAUGACAACUGGCAGCUCACUGAUGAUUGAUGGGGGGUUUCUUGUCUCCUAAGAUGACACCUGCAUUUCACACCUGGCCUCAACUCAUAAAUUCUGCCUAGAUGUAAACUGGAUAGAAAACAAUGCCACAGACUUCUUGCUGGAGGGGCAGCAGGGCUGAAGGCUGUAUUAAAAGUGAGGCAGAAAAACAAGCUUUGCAAGGCUGCUAUAUAAUAAAGCUCACAUACACCUUCA